AUGAGGAACCAGAGCAGGCUACCCAAGAAUGAAGAAAACAUUACUGAGAGUCAGCCAGCACCUGAACCCUCCAUCAGGAAGUCUCCAUGGACAAGGACUGAGACUCAAAAUAUUGGUGCAUCUGCCACUCAAACCUCUAAAGGGACACGUUCUGGGAAGAAUCCAAAUGAAGAAAACAUUACUGAGAGUCAGCCAACACCUGAACCCUCCAUCAGGAAGUCUCCAUGGACAAGGACUGAGACUCAAAAUAUUGGUGCAUCUGCCACUCAAACCUCUAAAGGGACACGUUCUGGGAAGAAUCCAAAUGAAGAAAACAUUACUGAGAGUCAGCCAGCACCUGAACCCUCCAUCAGGAAGUCUCCAUGGACAAGGACUGAGACUCAAAAUAUUGGUGCAUCUGCCACUCAAACCUCUAAAGGGACACGUUCUGGGAAGAAUCCAAAUGAAGAAAACAUUACUGAGAGUCAGCCAACACCUGAACCCUCCAUCAGGAAGUCUCCAAGGACAAGGACUGAGACUCAAAAUGUUGGUGCAUCUGCCACUCAAACCUCUAAAGGGACACGUUCUGGGAAGAAUCCAGUAUCUCAGCCUGCACCUAAACCCGUUCCUCUAUCAAAGUUCAUCGACGAUGAAGCCAGAGACAGAUUUGAAAAGGGUACAUCACACACUGAACUCGUCUCUAGGGUUAACGCUGUAGACAUCAUGUUAACUCCUGACAUUGUGAAUUCUAUUCUGAAAACUAGUAUUGAACCUGGUUUUAAGGGAAAAAUUGCAAAUUUCUUUUUCGAAUCUUCUUGUGCCCCUAUACCUGAGACAAAUGAGACUGCUCAUCAGAAAGAACCAAGAUCUGAGCCCACAAGGCCAACUACUGGUAAUGAGACCACACCAGCUUCCAGUUCUCAGCCCAAGGAUAAAGGCAAGGCUCCAGUAACUGAGGAAGCAUUUGAAGAUGAUGAUGAACAAACUGACGAAGAAGAGGACCCUGAACAGUACCGUGUUCAAGAAGGACUAAAGAAGCUAGCAAUCAAUGACCAUGACUCUGCCUCACCAGAAACUGAUUCAAAGGAUAAUGAUGCUCAGAAUGAAGAAAACAUUACUGAGAGUCAGCCAACACCUGAACCCUCCAUCAGGAAGUCUCCAAGGACAAGGACUGAGACUCAAAAUGUUGGUGCAUCUGCCACUCAAACCUCUAAAGGGACACGUUCUGGGAAGAAUCCAAAUGAAGAAAACAUUACUGAGAGUCAGCCAGCACCUGAACCCUCCAUCAGGAAGUCUCCAUGGACAAGGACUGAGACUCAAAAUAUUGGUGCAUCUGCCACUCAAACCUCUAAAGGGACACGUUCUGGGAAGAAUCCAAAUGAAGAAAACAUUACUGAGAGUCAGCCAGCACCUGAACCCUCCAUCAGGAAGUCUCCAUGGACAAGGACUGAGACUCAAAAUAUUGGUGCAUCUGCCACUCAAACCUCUAAAGGGACACGUUCUGGGAAGAAUCCAAAUGAAGAAAACAUUACUGAGAGUCAGCCAACACCUGAACCCUCCAUCAGGAAGUCUCCAAGGACAAGGACUGAGACUCAAAAUGUUGGUGCAUCUGCCACUCAAACCUCUAAAGGGACACGUUCUGGGAAGAAUCCAGUAUCUCAGCCUGCACCUAAACCCGUUCCUCUAUCAAAGUUCAUCGACGAUGAAGCCAGAGACAGAUUUGAGAAUCUUCUUGUGCCCCCUAUACCUGAGACAAAUGAGACUGCUCAUCAGAAAGAACCAAGAUCUGAGCCCACAAGGCCAACUACUGGUAAUGAGACCACACCAGCUUCCAGUUCUCAGCCCAAGGAUAAAGGCAAGGCUCCAGUAACUGAGGAAGCAUUUGAAGAUGAUGAUGAACAAACUGACGAAGAAGAGGACCCUGAACAGUACCGUCUGGGGAUGUUUAUCCAAUUGGAGAAGGAAAGUGCAGAAAUAGCAGCUUUUAGAAGAUUUUCCUCCAAGUAA